UUUUCUUCCGAUCAAUCAUUAUCCAAAUUGAGAAUUGUUCAAGAAAACUUACGAUUGGCUGUCAAUAAGGUGUUAAAUGGAAGAGAUCCUACCAUGGAUGAUUAUGAACAAUUGAGCUAUGUCAAUAGUGUACUGAUGGAAACUCUGAGAAAAGAUUCUCCUGUUCUUGUUAAUGGUAGAGUAGCUUCUAAGGACACCACUUUAGGUAAUCAUACAAUUCCAAAAGGAACUAUAGUGUAUACACUCUUUAAUUCUCUUCACAAGAGAGAAGACAUUUGGGAGAAACCAAACGAAUUCAUUCCAGAUCGUUUCGUCAAUCCAACCACCAAGGAUGAUUCUAUUCAAAACCUCAUUUGGGUUCCUUUCUCUAUGGGUAAUCGUCAAUGUAUCGGAAAGAAAUUUUCCCUUUUGGAAUCUUGUAUGAUAUUGAGCUGUAUGGCAACCAAGUAUAGAUUUAAAUUAUUGAAUGAUGAAAGUGUU